CAGAGAAUUUCCUGAAACUUGUAAGAGUUAAACUAAGGACUUCGUUGUAAGUAGGGAUGAAGCUUCUUCUGAUCUCUGCGGAAACCAGAGGCAAUUUCAGAGUACUGAAAAAGCCCGACCAUCCAUUACUUGUCUGUGAAUCGGUUGUCAUCCUUAUCUGUCCUUUUUUGAUCCAUCAAUCCAUUAUAUAUAUAAUCCCAUUUGAUCCACUUAAUUCCCCAACAAAUCUCUCCAAAAAUACAAUUUGUAGUUUGUACAUUCACCAAGAAAAAAAAAAAAAAAAAAGAAGAAGAAAAAACAGAGCAAAGAAAUGGCAUCAGGAGGAACAAGGGAAAUGUUUCAAGAUAUGCUGCCAAUGAUGGCUGAUAAGCUUGGUGGGGAAGGAUUAAUUAAGGAACUGUGCAAUGGGUUCAAGCUGCUGAUGGAUAAGGAAACAGAGCUGAUCACAUUCGAGAGCUUGAAGCAGAAUUCAGCCAGUCUUGGGCUUCAAGAUUUGAGGGACGAUGAACUCCAGAGCAUGCUUAAAGAAGGUGAUCUUGAUGGGGAUGGCUGCCUUGAUCAGAUGGAGUUUUGUGUGCUCAUGUUCAGAUUAAGCCCUGAUUUGAUGCAGGACUCUUGGGAUUGGCUUCAUCAAGCUCUCCAGCAAGAAUUCAGAAGCAAUUAAACGUGCUUUUUGAUUGAUUGAUUGAACCAUCAUCAUAAACCAAACAGAGUAUUAUGCAGGGCUUCGAGGAACAAUGCUGGAAUCUGCGAUAUCUUAAUUUUGAGUUGUUGUAGUUUUUUUAGGAUGAAUUCCAUGAGUUCUUUUGCUUCUACAUUGUUGGAAGGAAUAAUGUUUUUGGAUUACUGUUUUAGGAUGAAUUCCACGAGUUCUUUGUUCCAAUUUAAUAUAUAAAUAUAUAUAUAUAUAUAUAUAUA